ACUUUCGAAGGCUCGUACUCGCUCAGUCACGAUGGAGCAAAGUAAAACAGAGGACGUCGCGUCGGACAGAAUAGCCGAGACUUUCGCUGGCCGCAAGAUACUAGUAACAGGUGGCACAGGAUUUUUAGGAAAAGUAUUAAUCGAGAAGCUUCUGCGGUGCCUGCCCGAUAUAGAGCAUAUCUACAUAAUCGUCAGACCGAAGAAGGGUAAAGAUCCCAAGCAUCGGCUGAAUGAAAUAUUCAAUUCUCCG